CCUUCCCUCUCCGCCCCCUCGGUCCUCGGCUGGCCGAAGGGCCGGCCGGCAUCGCGGGUGCGGGACGACCUUGGGCGGCGGCGGAGCAGGUCUCUAAAGAGCCCCGGGAGCUGACAGGUCCUCUCGUGGACCACGACAAACUGGCAUUCGCGGGAGUCGGGCGCAGCUGACCACCAGUGCCCCACAGCUCGCCGCGAUGGUGCCUGGCGUGAGCCUCCUGCUGCGCGCCCUGCUGCUGCUGCUGCUGCUGCUGUGGGGCUGCCGGGAUGCACAGCCCGCCCGACUAGGACACCCGGAGCUGCGCCAGGAGGCGGAGGCAUUCCUGGAGAAGUACGGAUACUUCAGUGAGCAGGGCUCCAAAGCUCCAGCCUCCACUCAGUUCAGGAAUGCCAUCAGAGAAUUCCAGUGGGUGUCCCAGCUGCCCAUCAGUGGUGUGCUGGACCAGGCCACACUGCGUCAGAUGACACUUCCGAGAUGUGGGGUUGCAGAUACUGACAGUCAUGCCGCUUGGGCAAAGAGGAUCAGUGCCCUGUUUGCUGGACCCGGGGCCAAAAUGAGACGUAAGAAACGCUUUGCAAGGCCAGGUAACAAAUGGUACAAGCAGCAUCUCUCCUACCGCCUGGUGAACUGGCCUGAGCGCUUGCCUGAGCCAGCUGUUCGAGGGGCCGUAAGAGCUGCCUUCCAGUUGUGGAGCAACGUGUCAGCGCUGGAGUUCUGGGAGGCCCCAGCCACAGGCCCUGCUGACAUCCGCCUCACCUUCUUCCAAGGGGACCACAAUGAUGGGUUGGCCAACGCCUUUGAUGGUCCAGGGGGCGCUCUGGCGCACGCCUUCCUGCCCCGCAGGGGCGAAGCACAUUUCGACAGAGAUGAGCGCUGGUCCCUGAGCCGUCGCCGUGGGCGCAACCUGUUCGUGGUGCUGGCGCAUGAGAUCGGCCACACGCUCGGCCUCGCGCACUCGCCAGCACCGCGCGCGCUCAUGGCGCCCUACUAUAAGAAGUUGGGCCGCGACGCCUUGCUCAGCUGGGACGAUGUGCUAGCGGUACAGAGCCUGUAUGGGAAGCCUCUGGGACGCUCAGUGGCCACCCAACUCCCCGGAAAGCUAUUCACUGACUUUGAGGCCUGGGACCCUCACAACUCCCGGAGGAUACGCCCCGAAACCAGAGGUCCUAAAUACUGCCACUCUUCCUUUGAUGCCAUCACUGUAGAUAGGCAAUGGCGACUGUACAUCUUCAAAGGGAGCUACUUCUGGGAAGUCACAGCUGACGGCAAUGUUUCAGAGCCCCGUCCACUACAGAAAAGGUGGCCUGGGUUGCCCCCCGAUAUUGAGGCUGCUGCAGUGUCACUGGAAGAUGGAGACUUCUACUUCUUCAAAGGGAGUCGAUGUUGGAGGUUCCAGGGCACGAAGUCUGUGUGGGGGCACUCACAGCUGUGCCGGGGUGGACGUCUGCCCAGACACCCGGACGCAGCUCUCUUCUUCCCGCCUCUGCGCCGCCUUGUCCUCUUCAAGGGCUCCCGCUACUACGUGCUGGCUCGAGGGGGUAAGCAAGUGGAGCCUUACUAUCCCCGCAGCCUGAGGGACUGGGCCGGGGUCCCUGAGGAGGUCAGUGGUGCCCUGCCAAGACCGGAUGGCUCCGUCGUCUUCUUCAGAGAUGACCACUACUGGCAACUGGAUCAAGCCAAACUGCGGGUGACCAGCUCUGGCCGCUGGGCCACAGAGCUGUCCUGGAUGGGCUGUUGGAAUGCCAACUCAGGAGGUGCCCUGUUCUGAAGGCUCCCCAUACUGAAUGAACAGUGGUUGCCCCCGCCUGAGGGGCGGGGCCUGUCUAGGAAGCCCUUGAACCUCGCAGGAACUUCCCUGUAGCACUGGCUCCAGCAGGAAAUCUGCAUUUAUUUCCGUGGUCGAAGGAGAAACAAAAUUAGGCCUUUCCCCUCAUGGACCUCUUUCCUUCCCACUCCUGAGGGCUUUCUGUUCUGAUGAAGGUGCAAUCCCACACCCAUAGUUCUGAGUCCCAGAGAGGAUGCAAAUAUCAACUGGGGGUGAGGACUACUCUGCAGACCCCUCCCCUUCUAUGCCUUUCAGGCUCAGCUCUUGGGAAAUCACGAGUUAUACCAUCAGAGACUUCACCCUACCUCCCACCCCCAGCAAGUUUGGGUGUGGUGAAGGCUCCUCUCUCCACUCUGAGGCCCUGAGCAGACCAGAAUGUGACCCUCCUCGGCCUGACUUUUUGUCUGGGGUGAUGAAGAAGCACCCUCAGCUGGCCUUCCUUAGGCAGACUCUUCCACCCUUCUCAAUAGAAGCAGGUACAGGGUGCUUGAGGCACGAGGACCAUGCUCUUACAUCCAACUAAGGGACAGCGGGUAUGUUUGGUUGUCAUGGAGAGAGGGGGUAGACCUCUCUUCAAAAAGCAGACAGUCUUCACCCAGUUUGCCUUCCAGACGGACGUCUUGUGCAGCAGGAAGAUGGCAGAGGGCCCUUCGGGGUCUGCCUAUCACAGGCACUGGGAAUGCAGUCCCCACAGUGCUCUGCAGGUUGGGUGAGGCCUAUUUACUCUCAAUGGCCCCAUUCUCCAGGCCACACACGCAGCAGCAUUCCGAAGCUCAUGCUGUCUAGCCAAGAAUAGCUGGGAUUCCUGGAGAAGGAACCAGCUCCCCAGCUUUUCCCCUUUUGUCUGAGCCAGUCUCUGUAUUAAUUUUAGCAUCUGGAUCUGCAUCCUAUUCUGCCUCCUCCUCCACCUACCAAAGCCUCUGCACACACACAGUGGCCACCGCGAGCCUGCUCUCAGGGAGGAGAGAAUGAUUUGGCAUGGGAGGAGCCUGCAGUUCCCCAGAAGCAUCACUGGCCCUGUGCCCUCCUUUCUUCUCUGUGCAGUGGACAGAAUGGCCUUUGACUGCCAGUUGCUUUGUACUGCCCUGUCCCGAGGAGACCAUGGAGGAACCUCCCUGCUAGCCCGCUGCUUUGUGGAUUGUACCCAGGAGAGAGAAGUCCCAUCUUUAUCACUCCACUCCAUCUCGGGAGACUGAUUAGAGACUUUAUUGAGGGGUUUGGGGGAAAGAGGCGAUUUCUUAGUGGGCUGAGGGAACUCCGAGGCUAUUUUUCUCCAGGCGAUGCCUCUGUUCGCCUGGCCAGACGGACCUGAAAAAGAUGCAGAUGAGGCUGCGCUGGAGGCGUGGGUCAGGAGGGCUGUAGGUAUUGGGUAUUGUCUGGGGAGUAGUGCGUAGGUUCUGCUGUAGUUCGGAGAGACAACAGGUGGAACCGUGAAACAACAGUGGGCCUUCUUACCGGAAGGAGGCGCUAAGGACGGCGGCUUAAAAGGACAGUUCUGUGGAACACACUAGAGAUAGAAGAGUUUGGAGCAUUGCGGGCGCAGAGGCUGGGAGUGGAUGAGCUCAGAACUCCCAGCGGCCUCCGCACUACCCGGGUCAGGGUGCUCCAGAAUACAGUGCUCUAUGUAGGUCGGGUGGCUAUGCAGGCUCUUGCAUUUCUUGCAGAAAAGGAUCUCGCAGCGCGCACAGCCCCCUCGGCGCGGUGGUCGCCGCCGCGUCUCCAACACACACGGUUCUUCCGGGGCACCCCGCUUCCUACGGGCCAGGGACGUCAGUGCUCAGUGGCCCUGAGGCCCUCCUCCCUAAAGCUCGGCCCGGGGUGCUUGCGUCUCACCUGUCCGCAGGGCCCGCUAGGCCACCCAGUAGCGCGAAAGGGCUUAGCCAGCCCCAGAAGCUGCUGUCCGAGCGUCGCAGCAGCGCCACCUGCUGGCUGCUUGACUCCUGGCGCAGAGGGCAGUAGGACACCGAGCGGGCCUCUCGCUCCUCCGCAUCACGGGCGUCCUCCUCGACCUCCGCCGCGCUCUCGGGGUCCGGCCUCUCCACCUCCGACGAUGACGACGACGACGACGACUCGUCCUCCAGCUCCUCCUCCCUGGCCUCGGGCUCCUCCACCUCCUUUUUCCACAGAGGGGUCUUCACGCCUACAGGCGGGGAGGGGGUUAGCGCAGCCCGUUGACCUGGCAGCUUGCUGCAGGAGCCUGAAUCCAGCAUGCGUGGGGGAGAUGCCGCCGGCCAGAUGCUGCCUGCCAAAGGGCUUCGGAGUCCCAGAUUCCCGGACUGCUGCGGAGUUCCCGCCCUCCUGAGCUUCCUUGCUAAGGAUUCCAAGCAAGUCACCUCGCUUCCACCAAGCUCCAUUUUUCCGUCUCUGAAGCGGGAAAAGUGGCACCUACCUCAAGAGUGGUUGUGAGGCUGACUCUAGAUAGUGUCUGAGUAAAACAGUUUCCUGCUUGCCGUUGUGCAAGCAAUCAACGAACAUAUAUUGCCAACACGGAAGAAGGAGGGUUGCCCAACGUUAAUAAACACCAAUUGUCAUUUCAA